AUGGCGGCUGAGGCAGACGGUCGAUCAGACGGAUGCUCCCAGUCGACCAUCGAGGCAGACGCCAAUGCUGAACAAACGUCAACAGUCGCCACUGACUUCGCUUCAGUCGUUUCCACGAUCCCAAACUUCGUCUAUGAGAACGGACGGCGCUAUCAAGGCUACUGUGUAGAUCAAUACUUCCUCCCGAACGAUGAAAGGGAACAGGAACGUCUAGAUUUUCUUCACCAAAUCUUCCGGUUAACCCUCGAUGGCGAGCUGUGUUUUACCAAACUCGACAAUCCUGAACGCAUACUCGACAUUGGCACAGGGACAGGGAUAUGGGCCAUCGAAAGCAAGUCAAGUCCCGUCACCUUCAUCUACCUGACCGGGUUGAAUAAGGGGGUAGUUAUUGGGACGGAUAUAUCUCCCAUCCAACCGAGUUGGCGACCCGACAAUGUUGAAUUCAUGAUGGACGAUGCCGAGCAGGACUGGACUUUCCCCGAGUCCUCAUUUGAUUUCAUCCACAUCCGUACGCUUGGGGGAAGUGUAUUAGACUGGCCACGGCUAAUGGGGCAAUGUUACAAACGACUAAAACCUGGUGGCCGGAUAGAAGUAUCAGAAGCUCGUGCUCACUUUUGUUGUGAUGAUGAUACAUUCCCCGAAGAUUCGAAGACUAGACAUUGGCUUAACGAAUUUGAUCGCAUCUCCCACUCCUGCGGGCGUGAAUUUGAUGUAUUCCCAUUUUUUGCCGGCUGGCUUCGAGAUGGAGGGUUCAUCGAAGUCGAGGAGAUGGAAAAAGUCAUGCCCCUGGGAACCUGGCCCAAGGACAAGAAGCUGAAGAUGAGGGGCCGCUAUUUCAUGGCACAGUUCCUGGGCCAUGCGAUGGAGUCCUAUAGCACGUCGCUGUUCACUCGCGUUGGCGGCUGGAGUGCCGAUGACCUCUGGAAGCUCCUCAAUAAUGUGACUGAGGAGGUCAGGUCUAAUAAGAUGCAUAUAUAUUCCCACUUUUCAUUUGCUAUUGCAAAGAAACCAGAGCGAACUUGA